GUUCACUAUUUCCGGUUUGCUAUGGGAACUGAGCAUGUGUGAGACCGACGCGUAGAGGACGCAGCAACAAACAUGGCGACACCAGCGGCAGCCCGCGGCGCAGCUGGAGCCGUCCGAGUUGUUAAACCUAUUUUCAGUCGGGACCUGGAUGAAGCCAAGCGUCGAGUUCGGGAGCUCUACAAGGCAUGGUACCGAGAAGUGCCAAACGCAGUGACAAUGUUCCAGCUGGAUAUAUCAGUUCAGCAGGGCAGAGACAAAGUGAGAGAGAUGUUUCACAAGAACAAACACAUCACUGACCCCAGAGUAAUUGACAUGCUUGUUAUCAAGGGUAAAAUGGAGCUGCAGGAGACCAUACAUGUUUGGAAGCAGAAGACCCAUAUUAUGCGGUACUUCCAUGAGACCCAGAGCCCUCGCCCAACGGACUUCCUGUCCAAAUUUUACUCUGGGCAUGACCCUUGAACUGUCACCCCUCCCCCAAUCCCAUUUCCAGUGUAACAAGAAGUUUUCCAUUGUUGAUCUGUAAAUACACACCAUGAUACCCAA